AUGAUCAAGGAUCUUGUAUUCAACAACGAAUUGAGUCAAGAAAACUGCUGGGACUUCGAUUUGAAAGCUGAGAGAUCGAUUGAAUCGAUGCUCCUACAUCCUGGAAAUUACAAGCAGACCCAGGGAAAGUAUACACCCAUCGGCUAUUAA